AUGUAUUGUAUUUUCUUUGUAGGGACGUUGGUGACCCUCGCCUGCCCCUCACGUCGGGUGGUCUGCCAAAUUCUGAAUGAAGCUGACCUGUCUAACUCUACUUACCAAAACCUGACCUUUGAUGCAAGCAUUACCUCAAACAAGACCAAUUACGAGUUUCUUAUUGGCCUGGCACUCGCUGUUUUUUCAAGCGUCCUGAUUGGCAGCAGCGUCAUUCUGAAGAAAAAGGGGCUCUUACAUCUAUCUGCGCAGGGCAGGACACGGGCAGGUGCUGGUGGACAUGGGUACCUGAAGGACUGGCUGUGGUGGGCUGGACUUUUAACAAUGGGAGGUGGAGAAGUUGCCAAUUUCGCUGCUUAUGCCUUUGCACCAGCGACCAUUGUUACACCACUGGGGGCCCUCAGUGUGCUGAUCAGUGCUGUUAUGUCAUCUUAUUUGCUGGGUGAGCGCUUGAACCUCUUGGGAAAGUUGGGGUGUGCACUCAGUGUGUUGGGGAGCACUGUACUGGUGAUCCACUCCCCAGAAGAACAAGAGGUUACCACGCUAGAAAAUAUGACCUUCAAGCUUAAGGAUCCAGGUUUCAUCGUGUACAUCAGUAUUCUCUUCAUCUGUUGCCUGGUCCUCAUCUUCUUUCUCUCACCUCGGUUUGGCCACACAAACAUUCUAGUCUAUUUAGCAGUAUGCUCCCUGUUAGGCGCUUUCUCUGUGUCUUCUGUAAAAGGUCUAGGAAUAGCUGUGAAAGGACUUCUUACAGGCCUGCCAGUCUACCAGCAUCCUUUGCCAUGGAUACUCAUUCCUAUUCUCAUCAUUUCAGUUGUCACCCAGGUGAACUACCUCAACAAAUCUUUGGACACCUUCAAUACAUCCCUGGUCUUUCCAAUCUACUAUGUCUUAUUCACUACAGUGGUCAUCACCACGUCGUUAAUUUUGUUCAAGGAAUGGGUGUCCAUGUCACCAUUUGAUGGUGUGGGUGCAGUGUGCGGCUUUCUCAUCAUAAUCUUGGGCGUCUUCAUGCUCCAUGCUUUCAAUAACCUGGACAUUAGCUUGAAGAGCCUUCAGCAACAGUUACAAACCUUUGCACCUGUCAAAGAAGAAACUAUGAAAGAAGACACAAUCACUACAACCACCAAACGGGAAACUAAAAAAGAAGACAAGAUCACUUUAAUAGACAACAUGGAGACUGAGAACAGUGGUGGUAUUCCCAAAGUGUUUGUUAUUUACACUUAG